AUGCCUCGCUCCCCACCACGCCUCCUCCCGACCCUCCUCGCCCUCUCGCUGCUCCUCGCCCUCGGCGCACGCCUCUUCCCCCCGCUCCGCUACCUCCUCUGGAGCUUCCUCCUCGGCGCCGCCUGCACCCUCCUCGGCCUGCUGGCCCUGCUGGCCCUCACCGCCAACAGACACCCCCCCACCAGCGCCCUCCGCACCAUCAAGCCCCUCGCCUUCACGCACCCCACACACUGGACCGCCUCCCUCUCCGCCCUCACCGCCGCCGACACCUUCCAUCGCACGCCGCUGCACCCGCCCUCCUUCCUCCUCUCCGACACGCUCGACACCCUCCUCGACACCAUCCUGCGCACCUUCGUCACCUCCUGGUACCGCCCCAUCACGCCCGACCCCUCCUUCCCCACCCACCUCGACCGCACGCUCCGCCACGCCCUGCAAACCCUGCACGCCCGCCUCGUCCCCCUCGACCUUGUCUCCAUCACCGUCUCGCGCAUCGUCCCCCUGCUCACCGCGCACCUGCACGACUUCUCCGCCGCCGAGCGCCUCGUCCGCGGCAAGCACCUCAACAAGAACCUCACCGAGAGCGCCGAGCUCGACCUCGCCAUCGCAGCAAAGUACCGCGAGGGCCGCCUCCACCCUGCCGCCAGCCUGCGCAACUCGGACACGCGCGCCGCGCAGACGGAGCAUCUGCGCCGCCUGGUCGAGCGCGUGCUGCCGCACCUGCUGCCCGCCGAGGAGCUGGACUCGCCGAUCGUGCGCGUGCUGGUGCGGGAGCUGGUCGCGGGCGCCGUGCUCGCGCCUGUCAUGGCCAUGCUGGCGGAGCCGGACUUUUGGAACAUGUUUGUCGAGGCGAUCGGCCGCUCCACACUGCAAGACCGCAAGACCGUGCGCAAGCUGCGCGCCGCCCUCGACCAGCACGCCACGCCCGCAGCCACCAAGCGCUCCUCGGCGUCGGCGUCCUCGACGACCCAGCACGCGCAGCAGCAGCAGCAGCAGCAGAAGCCGUUCGUGCGCCUGGGCCCCAAAGACGACGAGCGCACGUUCGAGCGCUUCAUCCGCUCGAUCCGCCUGUGCACGAACCUGAGCGACGCGCGGCGGCUGCGCAACGAGAUCAGCGCGCAGCUGAAGCGCGACGGGCGCGUGGAGGGCAACGAGGCGUGGGCGGCGUAUCUCAAGCGCCUCGAGACGGGCAAGCGCGUUGUGGACCAGAAGGUUGCGUCGCUGUCGCUGUCGCUGUCGUCGGCGGGGGCGGGCCCGGGGCCGGGGCCGGGCGGGGCGGGCCCGCUGAGGAGUAUGAGUGAGACGUUUGUGGGCGGCGGGAGGAAGGCGCCGAGUCGGUUGGAGAGUGCGACGCUGGACCAGGUGCUGAGGGACUCGGCGGGGCUGUCGUAUUUCAUGGUAUGUUCGCACUCCUGCACUCCUGCACUCACUGCUACACUCACUCCUGCAUCUGCAGCUCUACAGCUCCCGCCCUCUAGGAGUAAAACAGCUAAUUACUACUACUACUACUAUACACAGGAACACAUGGACCGCCAAAAGCACCUCGCCCACGUCCAAUUCUGGCUCGUCGUCGACGGCCUCCGCAACCCCCUCGAAGAAGACAUCACCUCCAGCGACAGCGAGUGCGAGUCCGUCUCGACCACCACAACCUCCAUCGCCCCCUGGACGCCCACCGACCGCACCGACCUCGCCCAGAUCCACGACGCCUACCUCUCGCUCCCCGAGCUGCACAUCAGCGACCGCUCCAAAGCCGCCGUGCGCGAGUUCCUGGCCGCCGGCAGCAAGGCCACCCAGGCGCAGUACGUCAAGGCCCGCGCGGCCAUCCUGCGCGCGCAGACGGGCGUCUUUGAGGAGAUGCAGAAGAAGGACUUUGUGGACUUUCGCGCGAGCGGCCUGUUCUACAAGUAUCUUGCGUCGGACGAGGCGGGCGCCUCCGCCACGGCGGCGGCAACGGGCACGACAGACCUACACCGCAGCAGCAGCUGGACUGACACCGCUCCCGGCACAUCGUCGCCCACGGACGCCACCACCACCACCACCGCCACCGCCGCCAUGGACGACUCCCUCAGCUCGUCGCGGCACUCCCUCGACGGCGCGCGGGCAGAGCUAGACGACUGGGACCCCGACGCGGCGCUGAGCGGCUCGCGCACCUCGCUCGACGACCGCCGCGGCAGCGCAAACCGCACGCCCGAGAAGGGCAUCGUCGAGGCCAUGGAGGCGGCGCUCAACGACAUCAUCGAGUCGCGCCCGACCAGCGACGACGCCCUGCUCACCCGCGACGACAACACCAACAGCUCCCCGCGCAGCAGCAUCGACCUGGGCCUCGGCCCCCUGCCCAGCACCAAGCCGACCAAGCCCAAGACCGCCGCCAAGCCGCCGUCAAUCAGCUCGCUGGGCCUGGUGGGGGGCAGUACGCGGGAUGCGGUCUUCGCGGACGAGCUGUUCCCGGAUGAGGAUGCGCCCGAGUAUGCGUCUGACUCGGGCGGCGAGGAGGAUGAGGAGGGUGUUGUGCAUCAGGCGGCGCCCGGGGACUUGGGGUUGGCGGAGGCGAUUAGUGCGCUGAGCUUUGAUAUUGGGAAGCUGGGGGGGCAGGAGGCGGUGGUGGAGAGUCUGCUGCGGAAGGCGGAGCUGACGGGGAAUGUUGUUGAGUUGAGGAUCUUGAGGAAGAGUCUGGCGAGUUUGCAGAGGGAGGUGCGGAGGAAGGAGCUGCAGAGGCAGAUGUAUAUUGUGCAGGAGAGUGAUAAUGGGUUGUUUGGACGCUCCACGAUCCGCAUCAAGAGCACCAUGGUCGGCAACGAGAACGGCCAGGAGUACGCGCUGUACAUCAUCGAGGUUCAGCGGAAAGGCGGCGAGCAGCUGCCCGCCGCGCAAUGGGCCGUCGCCCGCCGCUACAGCGAGUUCUUCCAGCUCAACCAGGCCCUGCGCGCCCGCUUCGACUCGGUCAAGGCGCUCGACUUCCCCCGCCGCCGCGUGGUCAUGAAGCUCCAGAAGGACUUUCUCGAGAAGCGGAGGGUCGCGCUGGAGAAGUACCUCAAGUCUGUCCUCCUCAUCCCCGACGUCUGCCGCUCCCGCGAGCUGCGCGCCUUCCUCAGCCAACAAAGCAUCGCCCCGGCACUCCCGGGCUCCCCCUCCUCCCGGCGCACCACCAACGGCACCAGCGGCAGCGACAUCAUCAGCCGCCUCUACAGCACGCUCGCCGACGGGAUGGAAGACGUCCUCGGCACGCUCCCACCACUACCAACCGACGCCGCGUCGUCGUCGUCGUCGGCCAAGGCGCGCGUCGACGCGGCCGAGGCCGAGAAGGAGCUCAGCGCCUUCGAGGACAAGGAGGUCGAGCCGUUCGUCAAGCCCAUCUGCGACCUCUUCCUCGAGGUGUUUGAGCUCAACCGCGGGCGCAGCGGGUGGCUGCGGGGUAGGGCCGUCGUGGUCGUGCUGCAUCAGCUGCUCGGCGGCACGAUUGAGCGGAAGGCGCGCGAGCAGGUGAGGGUCGUCACGGGCGAGGAGAGUGUUAUUGGGUAUGUGAAGAUGCUGAGGGACGCGUUGGUGCCCGGGGCGGAGAAGAAGGUGAGGACGGCGAAGGAGAGGGCGAGGACGAGGGAGCAGGCGGGGGUUAUGUUGGCGACUUUGUUGCCUGAUGUGGCUGCGAGUGUGGUGGGGAGAGCUAAUGCGCAGGCCGCCGGGCGGAGACUCUUUGCUGCGUUUAAUAACCAGCGUUUGAAUACAUCCAUCAUCUACACCAUCGUCGACGAGAUUGUCGCCGCCGUUUUUAAUGAUCCCAAGCAGCCGUGA